UUGUAUUUAAAGAGAACCAAAAAUAAACGAAGAAAAAUAAGAAUUAGGGAUUUCGAAAAGCCAUGGCUCUUAAGUUGUCAACAAUGGCUACCUAACUUUUCUGAUUCCUGAAAGUAAGCAACUUUAAGCUUCUUCCUCCUCCUUUUUCUCAAUUACAUUAGCAUUUUUUAAAACCCUCCACGUUCUUGGUGGAGUUUUUUUUAAAAUCAGUGCGUCAGAAUCGAAUCUCACACCUUUUUUUUUUUGUUUCUUCACCACUAUCUUCAAAAACCCACCUUUUUGAUUUUUACAAAACUCCAGAUCUGAUUUCAUAUUAGAAACAAUUUAGUGGGUCACUUUAAAAAUUCGAUUUUUUUUGAUCAAAAACGAUGUGGUCGGUGGUGGGUUUAGUGAGACGUACGGCUAUGUCCUCAACCGUGAGUAAAGCUUCCCCGGUUAGGACUUUGCUUGGUGGGUAUAGGUGUCUCAACGUUGAAUCUAAGGAAGAUGAUGAGAAAAAGGUGGAUAUGACUGUUUCUGAAGCUAAGAAGCUAAUGAGAUUAGUGAAUGUUGAAGAUAUGAAGAAGAAGCUUAUUGGUAUGGGUGAUAAAGAGAUGGUUACUUACAGUACACUCAUUGAAGCUUCUCAAGGUUUAGGUAUCGCUAGAUCUCUUGAUGAAGCUCAUGCUUUUGCUCGUGUUCUUGAUGAUGCUGGUGUGAUUUUGAUUUUUCGUGAUAAAGUCUAUCUUCAUCCUGAUAAGGUGGUGGAUUUGAUUAAAAAGGCAGUACCUUUAGGUUUGAAUCCAGAUGCUGGUUCGAUUAGAGAUGAGUUUGAUAAGAUGAGAAGUAUGAAAGAAGAGAUUGAUGUGUUAGCUCAUCAACAAGUGAGGAAGAUUCUUUGGUGUGGUCUUGGUUACGGUGUGGUCCAGAUUGGAAUAUUCAUUAGGCUAACUUUUUGGGAGUUUUCUUGGGAUGUGAUGGAACCAAUCACUUUUUUCACUACAGCUACUGGGAUUAUUGUGGGUUACGCUUACUUCUUGAUGACUUCAAGAGACCCAACUUAUCAAGAUUUCAUGAAAAGGCUGUUUCUUUCUAGGCAGAGGAAGUUGCUCAAGAGUCAUAAGUUUGAUAUUGAGAGGUUUAAAGAACUUGAGAACAAGUGGAAGGCAACGUCUUGCUCUUCUUCGUCGUGCCACGCAAACGCAUCUAUUCGGAAUCGUGUUGGUGUUGAUCUUGAUUUGGAGGAUUCUUUGCAGAGUCGUCACAGAGAUUGAUUUGGCUUUAAUCAUCCCCAUCAGUUUCUGGUUUUCCUAACCAUUUUUCACUUUUGAUUUUACAUACUUGACCAAAAAUUUCUUCUCUCAAAAUUUUAUCAAGUUUGAUUAUUUGGUGUUAAUUGAGAGCCAAAGAAGGUAGUAGUCAUUUUGAUAAUCUUCAGCUACUGUUAUCUACAUCAGCUGAUGUUUUAAUCUUUUUUAUUUAUUUAUUUAUUCUAUGGUUCAGGAUUUUUGAUGGAUGAUAAUAGUAGUUAACUAUGAUUUGAA